AUGUCGGUCCAGUGGCUUGUCAUGGUGGCUGGCGUGAUGGUGGUGUUACUCACAGUGGCGUUGGUGAACCGUGGGGUGGGGGCGCAGACGGCGAAGUGCAAGUUCAAAAACUACCAGCACGAGCGCCACCUGUGUGGCACUGACCUGGCCAUCAACUUUCUCAAGAAGUGCGACAAGACGAGGACAAAGAGACACCUGUUGAAAGAAAACGGCGGCCAACUCACCAGGAUGCUGAAUAAGAGGACAGCCACGUCUUUCCUGACCAGGGCAAGCGCGGACGCCACGGACAGCAUGCUGUGUGAGUGCUGCUACAAGCCGUGCCGGGACGGGCACCUGGUCAAGUUCUGUCAUGAGCUGGAUGACAUUGACAUUUAA